AUGUCAUUAGAUCUUUCUAUGGUAGUAUCAGAGAAGCCCAUCGAUGCAGAUGAACAAGAGGAAAACUUCCAACCAGAAGAAAUAAAUGAAAUUAUAAUCGAACCCAACGAUGACUUCCCGGAUUAUUCUCCUCCAGCAACUCCUACUGAAGACAUCAACCAAGACCCUACAGAGUCUGAAUCUGAAUCUGAGGAAUCUGAAUCAUUAUCUGAUCAAGAUGACGUUGGAUUCACUGUAGAGGAACCUGAAGAGGAAUCUGAAGAAAAUGACCAACCUAUUGAGUCAGGAUCGGAACAGCAUGUAUUGGUAAUGUCUACUGAUCUUUUACCCAAGGAAGAACAGGAGCCUGAUGAAAAAGAUGUUUCAUCUCCUAGUGAAAGAACUGACGUGAGUAGUAAUCCCGGUAGCACGUCUCAUUCGGUCAAUGUAUGUUUGCCCUCCAUGGAGACUCUAGUUGUAGAUGUUCCUAAUCGUGUUGCCGGUUAUGAGACAGGUAUUAGUAAUUUGCCUACACAAAGAGAGCGUAUGGUGGCUCGUGAUGGUGUAAAAUUUAAUUUCAUGGUUUCUGGACAAGCAGGUCUAGGCAAGACCACCUUUGUGAACACUUUAUUUGAUACAUGUCUCUUGCCUUCUAAUAGGGUAACUCGAGAUGUCAAGACUGUUGAAACUAGAUGCCUUGAAAUACACAGAGCUGUCUUAGAGACAGCUGAUGUUAAGUUGGAUCUAAACAUAAUUGAUACGCCUGGGUUUGGAUACAAAAGUAACAGUACUUUUGAUUGGGUACCUUUAAUCAACUAUAUCGAUGAACAGAUAAGAUCUUAUAUCUUUCAAGAGGAGCAACCGAACCGUUCUAAUCUCAGAGAUGACAGAGUUCACUGUUGUCUAUACUUUGUGGAACCGACUGGUAAAGGGUUAAACGCCUUAGAUGUUAUUGCAAUGAGAGAACUUUCAAAACGUGUGAACUUGAUUCCCAUUAUUGCCAAAGCCGAUGGAUUAUCAAAAGAAGAAUUAUGUGCAUUUAAAAGAGAGAUUCGGAACGUUAUGCAUGCUCAAGAUAUUAAAGUCUGUCAAUUCUUGGAAGAAGACAAUGCAUUCUAUAGUGAUAUCUUUGAGAUGGCGCCAUUUGCCGUCGUUGGUUCUGAGAUGAAAAUAAUUGGUCAAGAUGGUGAACCGCUUCAUGUGAGAAAGUAUCGUUGGGGUACAGUUGAGGUGGAAAACGUGGAUCAUUGUGAUUUUACUCUUUUGAAAAAUGUGUUAAUUUCCAACCAUUUGGUUGAUUUUGUUCGUACCACUGAGUCUUAUUGUGAAACCUGCCGCUCAUCAAUUUUAAAGACUAGAAUUUUAAAGGCUAGAGAUUCUAUUGAUAAUGCUGACUUCCCCGUGGAGUUACGUGAUGAAUUACAAAAAUUGAAUUAUGAUGAAUUGGAUUUAAAUGGCUUAAAAAAUUAUGUCUGUUAUUCAGUGUUUGGUAAAAAAGAUAUGGAUGUGUUAGUUGUGGAAUGGUCACCAGAAUUUGUUCAAAGGCGUUGGGAAUCUCGUAAAAGGUUUAAUGAAGUAAUCACACUGGAGGAUCAAAAAUUUCAAGAGUGGAAGAUGGCCUUACAGAACAAACAGGUUAAGUUUAAUCAAGAGUUAGAGUUGUUGAGUCGAAACAUCGAUGAUUUGCAAUUAGAGUGUCAUGAUUUGGAGACCCAAAUUAUGGCCGCUAAGGCAGUUCAACGUACACGUUCUAAGUUGGGUACAAUAUCUAGGGGUGAGAAGCGUGCAGCAGCAUAA